AUGCUAAGGCAGGGGCCCGUCGUCCUGCUGGCCGCCUCCAUGUCGUAUUUCAACCCGGACAGAGCGUUAGCAGCGCCGCUGGAGAACGAUGGUCUGUCCCAAGGCCGGUUCCCUCUUGCCCCCCCGUAUGCCGUGGUCUUGAUCUCCUGUUCAGGUCUCCUGGCCUUCAUCUUCCUCCUCCUCACCUGCCUGUGCUGCAAACGGGGCGAUGUCGGCUUCAAGGAGUUCGAGAACCCAGAUGGGGAGGAGUAUUCGGGGGAAUACACGCCACCUGCCGAGGAGACCUCAUCGUCCCAGUCCAUCCCAGACGUCUACAUCCUGCCGCUCUCUGAGGUCUCGCUCCCAGCUCCCAACCAGCAGAUGCCCAAGACAGACCUAGUGAAGCAUCUGGGCUUGAGCCGGCAGCACCUCAGCUACCUGCAGGAGAUCGGGAACGGCUGGUUUGGGAAGGUGAUCCUGGGGGAGAUCUUCUCAGACUUCACCCCAGCCCAGGUGGUGGUGAAGGAGCUCCGGGUCAGCGCCGGACCCCUGGAGCAGAGGAAGUUCCUGUCGGAGGCUCAGCCCUAUCGAAGCCUUCAGCACCCCAACAUCCUGCAGUGCCUGGGGCUGUGCACGGAGACCAUCCCCUUCCUGCUCAUCAUGGAGUUCUGCCAGCUGGGCGACUUGAAGCGCUACCUGCGAGCCCAGUGCCAGGCAGACGGGAUGACCCCCGACCUGCUGACCCGCGACCUCGGCACACUGCAGCGCAUGGCCUAUGAGCUCACCCUCGGGCUGUUGCACCUGCACAAGAACAACUACAUCCACAGCGACCUGGCCCUGCGGAACUGCCUGCUGACCUCCGACCUCACCGUCCGUGUCGGCGACUAUGGCCUCUCGCACAACAACUACAAGGAGGAUUAUUACAUCACCCCUGACCGGCUGUGGAUCCCGCUGCGCUGGGUGGCGCCGGAGCUGCUGGACGAAGUUCACGGGACGCUCGUGGUGGUGGAUCAGAGCAAGGAGAGCAACGUCUGGUCCCUGGGGGUGACGAUGUGGGAGCUGUUUGAAUUCGGCAGCCAGCCCUACCGGCACCUGUCGGACGAGGAGGUUCUCGCCUUCGUCAUCAAAGAGCAGCAGAUGAAGCUGGCCAAGCCACGCCUGAAGCUGCCCUACUCUGACUACUGGUACGAGGUGAUGCAGUCGUGCUGGCUGCCGGCGCCACAGCGCCCCACACUGGAGGAGCUGCACCUGCAGUUGACCUACCUGCUGACGGAGCGCUGCCACGCGCAGGCGGAGGAGAGUUUCGAGUGGCGGUGGAACGCCCUGAAGCCCAAGCGCUCGCCGGCCGCCUCCCCCCCACGCCGGCGCCGCUCGGAGGAGAUCUCGGCCUACCCGCUGCUGGAUGGCUUCCAGGGGGCCGACCUGGACGACGUCCUCACUGUCACCGAGAGCAGCCGGGGGCUCAACUUCGAGUACAUGUGGGAGAAGGCCCGGCUGGGGCGCUGGAAGGCCGGCCCGGCCCCCGGGGCCACCCCCUCCAGCAACGGCGGCCUGGCCGUGCCCGGCGCCAACCCCUUCUACGAGGCGCCAGCGCGGCAGAGCCUGGAGACGCCCAGCGUGGUCCCAGUGAUUAGCGCCCGCAGCCCCUCGGUCAGCAGCGAGUACUACAUCCGGCUGGAGGAGCACGGCGAUGGGGAAGGGCCCGAGGGCACCGUCGGCACCCCCAGCCCCAUCUACGAGCGCCAAUACGGGGUGCCCGGCUCCCCGCCGGAGCCCCUCUUCCCUUCCGACUGGGACCCCAUUGAAGAGGGCCGGGGCAGCCCCCCGCCCCCGGCUCGCCACCACCUCCCCCACCUCCUGCCGGAGGGGCCGGCCAGCUGGGCCCCCGGUGCCACCAACCCCUUCAUCUCGGUGUCCCGGGAGCCAGCCCGGCGCAGCGCCAACCCCUUCCGGGCCGAGAUCCAGGAGACCUCGCUGACGGAUCCGGCGCCGGGGGGCAUCUUCCUGGGGGAGUCCCUGCUCCACGUGUACCAGGAGCUGGAGGAGCAGCAGCGUGGCUGGGACUGCGAGGGGCUGGAGGAGCGGGGGGCCGGGGAGACGCUGGCGGGGGACCCCUCGGAGUUCCGCCCCUCGCCCCCCUGGGACCGGGAGCCCUCCCUGAUGGAGGAGCAGAGCUCGGCCGGCAGCACGGACGGGGAGGACGCCAGCAGCGGCGGGGACGGGCGCCGCAACCCCCUGCUCUGCCCGCUCUGCAGCCGGGGCGGGCGCUGCCGCUGCGCUCCGGGCCGGGGGGAGGUUGUGAGCGGCUGGAGCAACCACGCCCCCAUCCCCCGGCCCCACCGCGACAGCUACGGCACCGAGGACGACUCCUCCCUCAAGGUGGAGCGGGGCUCCCUGGCCGACUGCCCCAUCCUGCUGGGAGAGGGCCCCCCCGGGGCCGGAGAGGGCGGGGCCGGGCCGCUGGUCCCACCCCCUUUGGCUGGGGUGCCGCCCCCUCCCUCGGCGUUCUACGACCCACUGAUGGGCGCGGCCGUGGUGAGCUACGAACUCCAGGACUACCCCAAGCGGGGGGUGGCUGGGCGGCCGCCGGGCUCGCCCUUCCCUGGCCUGACCACCGCCUGCUGCAGCGUCAUCGUGCCGGUGGAAAUCCCGCCCCUGGCCACGCUGGCGGAGAGCGCCGACGAGGAGACCAUCGCCAUCGUGCCCGAGGCCGCAGACGGCUUCGCGGCCAGGCCAGAGAUUGGCCCAGCCCCAGUGGGCCGGCGGAGGGGCCCACUGGACUCCGGGGACUCGCUGGACCUCCCCUCCAACACCAGCUCCUCCGAGGGCUGCAGCCCGGCCUCCCGCUUCUCCUCGCCGGGCCAGAAGUUCCCCGACAGCGGCUACGAGACAGAGAGCACCUUCUCCCCGGAGCUCCUCGUCCGGGAGCCCGAGGAGGAAGAGGACGGGGAGCCGCCCGGGCAAGGGGAUGCUGCCCAGCUGCCCCCCACGCCCAUCUCGGAGUCCACCAGCGACCUGACGCUGUCGGAGGAGACGCCGGGGGCCGAGGAGGAGGCGGGCACGGGGUGGGGGCUGGCCACGACCCACCGGGACUCGGCCUAUUUUUCGGACGGCGAGGCGGAGGGGGGCCGGGGGGAGGAGGAGGAGCCGGCGGUGGGGCAGGGCGGGGGGCAGCCGGCGCCGGCCAAAUUGGAGGCCGGCUUCGUGGUGCAGGUGUGCAAGGAGCAGCUGCUGGUGUCGCUGCGGGAGAACAUCACCCGCAACCUACUCUGCAACCACCGGGACCUGGGGACCCCGGCGUCCGGGGCCCCAGCUGCCAAGGAGGAGGCCGUGAUCCGGCUCUGGGCCCUGGAGCCCGAGGGGGCCCGGGGCGCUGGAGACGAGCAGGAAGGGGGCGGCGGGGAGGUGGCAGGUGGGCCGCCCCAGGAAGAGGAGGAGGGGGCAGAGAGCGAGGAAGGGCAGCUGGACGGCCAGGGGGCGCCGGAGCUGAGCGGGGAGGCCCCUGUCCCCAGCCCCGAGGGGGCCAACCCGGUGUCUGAGCAGUCACAGCCCCACCUGGACUUCAGCACAGCAGGGAGCCCAGGCAGCGAGGACAUCAAAGCCAAGGUCUCGCGCCUGUCGCUGGCGCUGCCCCCGCUGAGCCUGCAGCCCUUCGCUGCCCCGGGGGGGCGGAAGGGCUGUGGGGGGCUGGCACUGGAGGAGGAGGGGGCCGGGCGGGGGGCACCGGGGCCGGGCGAGGAGGAGGAGGAUGAGGAGGCACCGGGUGUGGGGGGCGUCCCCAUUGUGGUCAGCGACUCGGAUGAUGGGCGCAACCUGCGCGGGCUGCUCAAGUCCCCGCGCUCGGCCGAGGAGGCUGCCGAGCUGGACCGGAAACGCAAGAUGGUGUCCUUCUUCGACGACGUUACCGUCUACCUCUUCGACCAGGAGACGCCCACCAAUGAGCUGAGCUCGCAGAGCGGCCCAGAGGGCGAGGGCGGCACCAGCCAGGGCCCCGCGGGGCAGCCUGCCCUCGAGGCCUUCCCACCCGCCGACGGAUUCAGCAGCAGCUUCGAAUGGGACGACGACUUCCCACUGAUGGCCCAGAACCCGUCCUUCGUCUCAAUGGUGACGGACCCCAGCUCGGGGGCCCCCCCAGCGCCGCCCCCCGCGCUGCUCCCGGCCAAGGGGGCGGAGCCCAGCCUGAUGGACGCCCUGCGCUUCUCCCGCUUCACCGUCUCCCCCGCCCUCGAGCCCCACCUGGCCCCCCGCGAGACCGAGCUGGCGCCCACAGCCAACCCCAUUGAGAACUGA